AUGCCCGUCUUCCCCGCUGCCGUACCCCGCUGUCGCUUUUCUUUUCAGGCGCAUGCGGGCACUUUUCGUCUCCGUCCUUCUACUAUAAAACCUCGUUUUCCAUUCCACGGUUCCAGACUAGGAGCCAGAGGCGUUGGUUUCCUGUCGCUUCGGUCUUCGCUGCCCGUCAAAUCUUCUCCCUCCGGUGCUCCACGCCGCGCGUUCUUCGGAUCUACAAUGGCAGCCGCCAAGAUUGAUGGCACGGCCAUCGCCAAAAAUAUUCGGGCGGGACUGAAGGCCGAGAUUGAGCAGGUCCAGCAGACCAAUCCGCGAUUUAAGCCCAGCUUGGUCAUCUUUCAAGUUGGCAAUCGCUCGGAUUCUAGCACUUAUGUGCGCAUGAAGCUUAAGGCCGCCGAUGAGGCCAACAUCAUCUGCACACUAAUCAAUGUUCCCGAGACGAGCACGGAGCUGGAGCUCCUUCAACAGAUCACCAAGGCUAAUAAUGACCCGGCUGUGCAUGGUAUCCUCGUUCAAUUGCCUCUGCCCAACCACAUGUCUGAACAUGCCGUCACCUCGGCUGUCGCAGACGAAAAGGAUGUUGAUGGAUUCGGUGCCGUCAAUAUCGGCGAGCUGGCGAAGAGAGGUGGUCGUCCGUUGUUUACCCCGUGCACGCCGCUCGCAGUCAUGGAGCUGCUGAAGGCCAGCGGUGUCAACCCAGCAGGCAAAGAGGCAGUUGUUCUGGGCCGCAGCGAUAUUGUCGGAAGCCCGGUGAGCUACCUGCUGAAGAACGCAGAUGCCACGGUCACCCUCUGCCACUCCAAGACCCCUGAUAUCGCCCGAGUUGUGAAGAACGCCGACAUUGUUGUGGCGGCUAUUGGCAAGACCGAGUUUGUCAAGGGAGAAUGGCUGAAACCAGGUGCGGUUGUCAUUGACGUCGGUAUCAACUACAAGCCCGAUGAAACAAAGAAGUCUGGCCAGCGGCUGGUUGGUGACGUCGAUUUCGAGUCCGCAUCCCAGGUGGCCUCGCAAAUCACCCCCGUUCCGGGCGGUGUUGGUCCCAUGACGGUUGCCAUGCUUUUGCAGAAUGUGGUCCAUGCUGCCAGGACCUACUUCGAGAAGCAGAAGGACAGGCGUGUCACCCCGCUUCCCCUUCGUCUCGAGAGUCCUGUGCCCUCCGAUAUCGCCAUCUCGCGCGCACAAUACCCCAAGGCCAUCACCCAGCUUGCAUCAGAGAUCGGUAUUGCCCCUCACGAGUUGGAGCCCUACGGCCACACCAAGGCGAAGGUGGAUUUGGGUGUGAUUGAACGACUUGCCCACCGUCGUAACGGAAGAUAUGUCUUGGUCUGCGGUAUCACCCCCACUCCCCUUGGCGAGGGCAAGUCUACUACGACGUUGGGUCUCACCCAAGCGUUGGGGGCGCACCUGAACCGUAUCGUUUUCGCCAACGUCCGACAGCCCAGCCAGGGCCCUACGUUCGGUAUUAAGGGUGGAGCUGCAGGUGGUGGGUACAGUCAGGUUAUUCCUAUGGAUGAGUUUAACCUACACUUGACGGGUGAUAUCCAUGCCAUUACCGCUGCAAACAACCUCCUCGCUGCGGCAAUUGAAACCCGCAUGUUCCACGAAUCUACGCAAAAGGAUGCUGCUCUCUACAAGCGGUUGGUGCCCGCAAAGAAGGGCAAGCGGGAAUUCCAGCCCAUCAUGUUCCGGCGACUCAAGAAGCUUGGAAUUGAGAAGACGAACCCGGACGAUCUUACCGAGGAGGAAAUUAAUCGAUUCGCCCGUCUUGAUAUCGACCCCGACACCAUCACCUGGCGCCGAGUUCUUGAUGUCAAUGACCGCCACCUCCGUGGCAUCACCGUCGGCGAGGCGCCCACCGAAAAGGGUCUCUCCCGUCACACGGGCUUUGACAUUUCUGUUGCUAGUGAGUGUAUGGCUAUUCUUGCUUUGAGUAACAGCCUGGAAGACAUGCGCGAGAGACUCGGCCGCAUGGUGGUUGCCACCUCCAAGAAGGGUGACCCGGUGACCUGUGAUGACAUUGGAGCCGGCGGUGCUCUCGCCGCCCUGAUGAAGGACGCUAUUAAGCCCAACAUGAUGCAGAGCUUGGAGGGCACGCCAGUGCUGGUGCAUGCGGGUCCGUUUGCCAACAUCAGUAUUGGCGCCAGCUCGGUCAUUGCCGAUAAACUGGCUCUCAAGCUGGCUGGCACUGAGCCCGACGAGGACCACGAUGCCAAGACCGGUUUCGUGGUCACUGAGGCAGGCUUCGACUUCACCAUGGGUGGUGAGCGCUUCUUCAACAUCAAGUGCCGCUCGUCCGGUCUGUCCCCCGACACCGUGGUCAUCGUUGCGACGGUUCGCGCACUCAAGGUCCACGGUGGUGGUCCUGAGAUCAGCCCCGGUGCUGCCCUGCACGAGAUCUACCGCACUGAGAAUGUCGAGAUCCUUCGCAAAGGAUGUGUCAACCUCCGGAAGCACAUCUCCAACGCUAAGCAGUACGGCGUCCCUGUGGUGGUCGCCAUCAACCGUUUCGAGACCGACACUGAGGCUGAAAUCGCCGUCAUCAAGGAAGAGGCUAUUGCUGCCGGAGCGGAGGAUGCUGUCCCGGCUAACCACUGGGCUGAAGGUGGAGCGGGUGCCGUCGACCUGGCCAAGGGUGUGUUGGCUGCCAGCUCCAAGCCCAAGAACUUCCAGCUGCUGUACGGCUUGGACGGUACCAUCCAGGAGCGCAUUGAGCGUAUCGGCAAGGCCAUGUAUGGUGCGGAGAAGGUCGAGUUCAGCGAACUGGCCCAGAAGAAGGUUGACACCUACACGCAACAAGGGUUCGCCAACCUGCCGAUCUGUAUCGCCAAGACGCAGUACUCCCUCAGUCACGACCCGGCUCUCAAGGGCGCACCCACCGGGUUCACUGUUCCCAUUCGGGACGUCAGAUUGGCGGUGGGUGGUGGAUAUCUCUACGCUCUGGCCGCCGACAUCCAGACCAUCCCUGGGCUGCCUACUGCACCGGGAUAUCUCAAUGUGGACAUCGACACCGAGACCGGGGAGAUCGACGGACUCUUUUAG